AUACGUCUGCUAACUGUUAGCCGCGAAUUGCGAACUGCCUACUUCUGUCAUUUCUUUGGUUCAUAUGUUGCUCCUAUUGGGUUAAAUCAACCAUAACACACUUAUUUUCACAACAUUAAGGCAGUAUGAACAUAGAACAGUCUGCUGAAACCCACUGUAGUGCUAAUAAGUGUCCAGUUUCGACACCGGAGGGGAACGACUUGAAGAAAGGAGCUCUGAAAAGAACACCAUUCUCAAAGUUUAGGAGAGUCAACUCCAACUUCAAAUCACCUCUUCAAGUAACCGAGAGUGCUAAAGUUAGCCCAGCAGAGGAGGUGGCAGAGCUGGAGAGGAAAAGAGACCAGCUGGACUCAGAGAUAGCACAGCUGGAGGCUGAGGGUUGCAGAGUAGAGGAGCUGGAGCGUCAUAUUGAUAUGCUGCAUGAGUACAAUGACAUCAAAGACAUUGGACAGUCCCUCCUGGGUCGUAUUGCUGCUGUGAGGGGGACCACCACACGAGAGCUCUACAGCCACUUUGGUCUGGAACUGGAUGAUUGAAAAAAAAAAACUCUGAAAUUACAGUGGUGAGAAUUGUUCCUCAUGACCGAGGGGAGAGGGGCUUAAAGACCAAAUAUAGGAGGAUAGAUUUGGACUAAAGAUGUGACUGGAGGAGCUGUGUUGACCUCAACCGGCUCCUUCAGACGGAGGUUUGUUCAUCUUUCUUGGUGAAUUUGUUUUCAACCCAGUUACCGAGAGAGAUUUCGACAACAUAGUAAGAGGUGAAUGACACUGGCCCUGACGACAGACAUGGUAUUUAAGAGGCCACCCACUCAAACCAUUAAUUUAAUGCUUUGUUUUGACUUUUGAGCUUAUUAAAUGGAGUUUGGAUGACGGUAUGCAUGAAUGUCAAUUUCAAGUUUGUUAUUUUCAAAAAAGAGGGAACACUAGAGUGUUGACUUAAAGUGUAAAAUAGAAUGCACUAGCUCUUGGUAUGAUAUGCUUUAUAUGCUGACAAUAAUAUGUAAUAAAUGAGACACUCAGACCACCACA